GGAGUUGACGUAAUCUUUUCAGUAAAUCAAGGUACUCUAUCUGUUCUUUUUUUGCUUGUGUGCAGAUAUACGACCGCUUUUCAUCUGAACUGGAAAAUAACCUCAUCAAGGAAGCAACGAAUGCAGUGGAAGCCUGUCUGGUGGAGACUUAAACACUGCUAUAAUGGGUGUUUUUCAUAAAAGUGGGCUUGACCAUUUUUUUGCGAGCAUACUCUGAUGAACAAUAUUAUACUUAAUUGUAACGCUUAUUUGUUUUCUCUACUUUUCUAUGGUGUUCUAGUCUUCGUUUCGAUCUUCAAAAGAGAGUAAUUUUUGGAAUCAUACUACUGGGUACUGGGUGAAAGUCCUAAACUGCUGCCAUGUCUGGGGCGUCUGUGAAAGUCGCUGUCCGAGUUCGUCCCUUUAACUCGAGAGAGACAAGCAAGGACUCAAAAUGCAUCAUUCAGAUGCAAGGCAAUUCUACCAUUAUAUCCAAUCCCAAGAACCCAAAGGACCCAGCAAAGUCCUUCAGCUUUGACCACUCCUACUGGUCCCACACUACGCCAGAGGACCCCACCUUUGCCUCACAGAGCCUUGUGUACAAUGACCUUGGCAAGGAGAUGCUGCAGCAUGCCUUUGAUGGCUACAACGUCUGCAUCUUUGCCUACGGCCAGACCGGAGCUGGCAAGUCCUACACAAUGAUGGGCAGGCAGGAGGAAGGACAGGAGGGAAUCAUUCCCCUGCUCUGCGAAGAACUCUUUGAGAAAAUCAAUGACAACAACAAAGACGAGAUCUCAUUCUCAGUGGAGGUCAGCUACAUGGAGAUCUACUGCGAGCGGGUGCGGGACUUGCUCAACCCGAAGAACAAAGGGAACCUGCGUGUGCGAGAGCACCCCCUGCUGGGGCCCUACGUGGAGGACUUGUCCAAGCUGGCAGUCACCUCCUACAACGACAUCAACGACCUCAUGGACGCCGGCAACAAGGCCAGGACGGUGGCAGCCACCAACAUGAACGAGACCAGCAGCAGAUCCCACGCUGUCUUCACCAUCGUCUUCACACAGAGGAAGUACGACAGUGAGACAGACCUCUCCACAGAAAAGGUCAGCAAAAUCAGUCUGGUGGACUUGGCAGGAAGUGAGCGAGCUGACUCUACUGGAGCCAAAGGCACCAGGCUAAAGGAGGGAGCCAACAUCAACAAAUCUCUGACCACAUUAGGGAAGGUCAUCUCUGCCCUGGCUGAGGUGGAUUACACUACCAGCAAGAGCAAGAAGAAGAAGAAGACUGACUUUAUCCCGUACAGAGACUCGGUUCUGACAUGGCUGCUUAGGGAGAACCUAGGUGGAAACUCCAGAACAGCCAUGGUAGCCGCUCUCAGUCCUGCAGAUAUCAACUAUGAUGAAACCCUCAGCACACUUCGCUACGCUGACCGGGCCAAGCAGAUCAAGUGCAAUGCCGUCAUCAACGAAGACCCCAACAACAAGCUUGUGCGCGAGCUGAAGGACGAGGUGACACGGCUGAAGGACCUGCUCCGCGCCCAGGGCCUGGGAGACAUCCUGGACAUUGAGCCUAUGGGUGAUGAUUGCCCUGGAAGUGGAAGCAAAUGUGACAAUGUUCAAGACAUUAGAAUGCUACUAAGUUCUCAAAUUGAAGCUUUGAGCUACAGGAGGAAAGCCCCUAUCGGCUCCCUGACAGCCUCGCCGUCCUCUGGCUCGCUCUGCAGCCUAGUUGGCCCACAGUCGGUCACCAGUAUCCAGGAGCGCAUCAUGUCCACCCCGGGAGGGGAAGAGGCCAUCGAGAGACUCAAGGAAUCUGAGAAAAUCAUUGCUGAGCUCAAUGAGACCUGGGAGGAGAAGCUUCGAAAGACCGAGGCAAUACGAAUGGAGAGGGAAGCCCUGCUGGCAGAGAUGGGCGUGGCUAUCCGUGAGGAUGGCGGCACUCUCGGGGUCUUCUCUCCUAAAAAGAUGGGCCCUGAAAGGCCCAAGUCCUUGUUUGACGAGGACUUUGAUUGUUUUUCAACUAAACAGCUUUUCGUAGAGAGGCCUUGUGAGGCCUUGUAUGCUGACUUGCUUGCUAAUGGGGUAUUUUCCCCCAAGAAGACCCCUCACCUGGUCAACCUGAACGAGGACCCUCUGAUGUCAGAAUGUCUGCUGUAUUACAUCAAAGACGGAAUCACAAGGGUGGGCCAGGCGGACACUGAGAGACGGCAGGACAUCGUUCUGAGCGGAGCCCACAUCAAAGAGGAGCACUGCAUCUUCCGCAGCGAGCGGAACGCCAAUGGAGACGUGGUUGUCCUGAUGGUGCCUUGUGAGGGAUCGGAGACCUAUGUCAACGGCAAGCGAGUUGGAGCGUCAGUGCAGCUUCGCUCAGGAAACCGUAUCAUCAUGGGAAAGAACCACGUGUUUCGGUUCAACCAUCCGGAGCAGGCGAGGGCCGAGAAGGAGGAGAAGGAGAAGGAGACCCCAACAGCAGAGACCCCAGUAGAGCCAGUGGACUGGACCUUUGCCCAGAGAGAGCUGCUGGAGAAGCAGGGCAUCGACAUGAAGCAAGAGAUGGAGAAAAGAUUAACUGAGAUGGAGAUCUUGUACAAAAAAGAGAAAGAGGAGGCGGACCAACUUCUGGAACAGCAGAGACUGGUCUAUGAGAGCAAGUUGCAGGAACUUCAGAAACAGGUGGAAACCUGUUCACUGGCUGUGGAGACGCCCGAUGAAGAGGAAGAUGAAGAGGAGGAAGAGGAGGAAAUCACCCACUCAUCAGAAAAGAUUGAUCAAGUGCCCUGGACACAGCAUGAGUUUGAGCUAGCGCAGUGGGCCUUCAGAAAAUGGCGGUACCAUCAGUUCACCUCGCUCCGCGACCAGCUGUGGGGCAAUGCGGUCUACCUGAAGGAGGCCAACGCCAUCAGUGUCGAACUAAAGAAGAAGGUGCAGUUCCAGUUCGUAUUGCUGACGGACACCCUGUACUCACCACUUCCCCCGGAGCUUUCGCCCCCCGAGCUGGAGAAGGAGCGCGACUCACGCCCGUUCCCCCGCACCGUGGUGGCUGUUGAGAUACAGGACCUGAAGAAUGGCGCCACGCACUACUGGUCCCUGGAGAAGCUCAAGCAGAGGCUGGACCAGAUGAGAGAGAUGUACGACCGCGCCGGGGAAAUGGCUUCCUCCAAUCAGGACGACAACGAGGGGGCUUUGACUGGAAAUGACCCCUUCUAUGACCGCUUUCAUUGGUUCAAAUUGGUGGGGAGCUCCCCCAUCUUCCAUGGCUGCGUCAACGAGCAGCGGCUGGCCGACCGCACGCCCUCACCCACCUUCUCCACGGCCGACUCAGACAUCACAGAGCUGGCGGACGAGCGACAGAGCGAGAUGUCGGACUACUUGGAUGACGAGGCGUUCGUUGACGACACCAGCUCAGACGCUGGCACCGAGGAGGGCUCGGAUAUCUUCAGCGACGGCCAGGAUCCCUUCUACGACCGCUCCCCCUGGUUCAUACUGGUGGGAAGAGCCUUUGUGUACCUGAGCAACCUGCUCUACCCCGUGCCCCUGGUCCAUCGUGUCGCCAUAGUGACGGAGAAGGGCGAUGUCCGUGGUUUCCUGCGUGUCGGUGUCCAAGCCAUCGCUGCUGACGAGGAGGCCCCAGACUACGGGUCAGGAGUGAGACAGUCGGGAACUGCCAAGAUAUCCUUUGACGACGAAUACUUCAAAAAGAAUGACUUUCCUUCCACAGUCAUGACCUGCUCUGGCCUGUCUCUGGAAGAGCUGCGCUUCGUGGAGGGCCAGGGUCAGAGUUCAGAGAUCAUCACCCCCUCAGAGGAGCAGAACAGAAUCAAUGACAUGGACCUGAAGCUGGUUCAGGGGAACUUGGUUGACCCUAAGCUUAGUCGAGAAGAAGGACUGGCCGACCAACUGGAGGUGGGCAGUAUCUUUACCUUCCGUGUGACCGUGCUCCAAGCCAGCGGCAUUCUCCCAGAGUAUGCCGACAUCUUCUGCCAGUUCAAUUUCCUCCAUCGUCACGACGAAGCCUUCUCCACAGAGCCUCUGAAAAACAGUGGGAAAGGAACUCCUCUGGGCUUCUAUCACGUCCAGAAUAUUUCAGUGGAGGUGACUGAGUCGUUCAUUGAGUACAUCAAAACCAAGCCCAUCGUGUUUGAGGUGUUUGGUCACUACCAGCAGCACCCUCUGCACCUGCACGGUCAGGACCUCAUAAGUCCUCCUCAGGCUGCCAGGAAGUACUACCCUAUUCCAAUGCCCCUGUCUAAGCCAGACCACGCCCGUAAAAUAGAGUUGAUUCGUUACCUGAUGACUGGCUCCGUGCCCGGCCAGGUGCUGGACACGCUGUCCGAGCAUGCCAAUGCCCUAGCAUCCACGGCAGUGGCCAGCCUGGAGGACGGGGCUGACCAGCUCUCUCACUUCCCUUUCCUUCCCAUGCCCACCAGCCCCGUGCUGACUGUACCCAGGCACCAUGUACCAGCCACCAAGCUCAACACCAUCAGCAAGUCCAACCUGGGCCAGUGUGUGAGCAAGUACGACCUGCUGGUGUGGUUCGAGAUCAGCGAGCUGGAGCCCACCGGAGAGUACAUACCAGCUGUGGUGGAUCACAGUGGAGGACUGCCCUGCCAUGGAACCUACCUACUGCAUCAGGGGAUUCAGCGCCGGAUCACCGUCACCCUCAUCCACGAGAAGGGCAGUGAGCUCCACUGGAAGGACGUGCGUGAGCUGGUUGUCGGUCGGAUCAGGAACAAGCCAGAGGUGGACGACUCUGCAGCAGAUGCCGUCCUGUCCCUCAACAUCAUCUCUGCCAAAAAUAUCAAAUCAUCCCACAAUGCUAACAGGCUUUGUCUUGAUAAGGAUAUUGCUAGGACCUUCUACAGAUUCGAGGCUGUGUGGGACAGCUCUCUGCACAACUCCCUUCUGCUCAACCGAGUCACUCCCUACGGAGAGAAGAUCUUCAUGACCCUGUCUGCAUACCUGGAGCUCGACCACUGCAUUCAGCCUGCCAUUAUUACCAAAGACAUCUGCAUGGUCUUCUACUCCCGAGACGCCAAGAUCUCCCCUCCCCGCUCCCUGAGGAACCUCUUUGGAAGCGGCUACUCCAAGACCCCUGACUGCAACAGAGUGACUGGCAUCUAUGAGCUGAGCUUGUGCAAGAUGUCUGACACAGGAAGCCCAGGUAUGCAGCGGAGGAGGAGGAAGAUUCUGGACACUUCUGUGGCCUACGUCCGGGGAGAGGAGAACCUGGCUGGCUGGAGGCCCAGAGGAGACAGCCUCAUCUUGGAGCACCAAUGGGAGCUGGAGAAAAUGGAGCAGCUGCAUGAGGUGGAGAAGACGCGUCACCUGCUGCUGCUGAGAGAGAAGCUGGUGGAGACUGCUCCAGCUACAGGCCCUGGGGGGCCCACCAGCAAGUCCCUGAGCGAGUCACUGUCCCCUAGCAUGAGCAGCGGCACCCUGAGCACCUCCACCUCCAUCUCCUCCCAGAUCUCCAGCACCACCUUCGAGAGUGCAAUCACACCCAGCGAGAGCAGUGGCUACGACUCGGCCGACAUCGAGAGCCUGGUGGACCGCGAGAAGGAGCUGGCCACCAAGUGCCUCCGCCUUCUGACCCACACUUUCAACAGUGAAUACAACCAGGUGUGCAACAGCAUCAGUGACUGCAAGCUGUCAGACAUCUCCCCCAUGGGCCGUGACCCGUCGGUGACCAGCUUCAGCAGUGCCACCCUCACCCCCUCCUCCACCUGCCCCUCUCUGGCUGACUCCCGCUGUAGCUCUGUGGAUCAGAAGACCCCAGAAGCCAAUUCUCGCGCCUCCAGCCCCUCCUGCUCGGACUAUGAGAACUUCCCCAUGGUGCCCACCCUGGAGACGUCUUAUCUGGCUCGAGCCGGCAAAAACGAGUUCCUCAACCUGGUGCCCGACAUCGAGGAGAUGAGACCUGGGUCUGUGGUGUCCAAGAAGGGUUUCCUGAGCUUCAUGGAGCCGCGGUCCAACUCGUGGGUGAAGCACUUUGUGGUGGUGCGCCGGCCUUACGUGUUUAUCUACAACAACGACAAGGACCCGGUGGAGAGGGGAGUGCUCAACCUGUCCACUGCCCAGGUGGAGUACAGCGAGGACCAGCAGGCCAUGCUCAAGACACCCAACACAUUCGCUGUGUGCACAAAGCACAGAGGGAUCCUGCUCCAGGCCAACAACGACAAAGACAUGAACGACUGGCUAUACGCCUUCAACCCGCUUCUAGCGGGAACAAUAAGGUCCAAGUUGGCGAGAAGGCGCUCUGGUCUGCUGAAGAACUGAUAGAGUUCGUCUGUGUGCAGGAAAACAUGGCUCCUAUUCUUCAGACUAGCCUUGGAACACAUACCAAGUGUUAACACUUAUUAACCAUUGUGAUUCUUGACGGUUUUCUCUUGUACGUAGACUUGUGGCUUAAGUCUCCUCUCAAGCAACUAAAAGUUUAAGUUCCUGAAAAUCUGCUUACCCUCCAACACCCCCAACUCUCCCCCUUCUCUAUUUCCCUCUCCCAGCCUCUCGUGUUUUCGUUUGGGAUUCGUUUUCGUGUUUUGUUUCUCUUUGUCGUCAUUACCCUUCCCUGACCCCUCUAACUAGUAGCAUGUCGUAAUAGUCUACUUGUAUGUGCACGAUUCUUCAGAAACAGGUUCUGACCACUCUCUUUAAGUUUACUAAUCGUCUGUAAAGAUUGUCUUUAUAUCAGUGUUAGCUGUCUAUCAAGAAUAUUUUAUUUUACGCGCCCGCAUGACAACAGCAGCAUUCCUCAGGAGAAGACCAGGUUUGCUUAUUCUACACACCAAAAAAAUCACAUAUGACAGUUAAAAAAACUACUGGGAAACAAAAAAAAUGAGGAACUACAUGAGAAAUAUCAGUUUACGCUCUCCAACAGAAAGCACCGCUGGUUCAAGAACUAUUGCUGCUAGUGAAAACAGGUUUUCAGUCUACGAGACUUUGCAUUGGGCCUCUGCCCCUCAGUAUAAUCUAGCCCUCAUACACCACCCCCCACUCCUCUGAAUUUUUGUGUGAAAUACCGAACGGGAAAACAACUGUUGGUAAAGAUUGCCAUUUUCAGUUAGACAUUAUUGCAGCAUUGGAGAAACACUAUUGUUAUCCACGUGGUAUCCAUGUCCUACUGUUUUGACCUCUGUAUACACAAAUCAACCCCAAAUUUAAGCAUUGCUGUCUGUCUACCUGCAAGGACUUUCAAAGCGAUUUGGCGUAUAGGAGUAUGACAUUAGAAAUACAACUAGCAAAAUAAACACGAUUCAGUAAUGAAAAUAUUAAAUUGAACUAUUCCCAUGAAAAUACAUUACUGAACACCCCUCUACUCUUUUGCCAGUUCAGCUGUCCUUGAUAUCUCAGUCAUUGAAUAGAUAGAUAAAUAGAGCAGGAAUAUACCAAGUCACCGAUAGAGGGAGGAGGAGGGGGGACAGUACUGUGAGGAGAAUGUCAUUUGUACUUAAUGUUCCAGGAUCCUUGUGCUAGUCUCCUCUCAUUUACUCUUAGUCUUACUCUUAGUGCUUUUCCUACACUGCUCUAUUUAGGUUCAUGGCUAGUCGGCUCACAUAGCCACACUGGACCUCAGCAUUUAUUCAGUGUUUUAUCAUCGCAUCCUUGUGUAACAACUAAAGACAUAACACAGUGCAAAUGAAAGGAACCAAGGGAACUCAGUAGGGUUGAAUAGCCUUGACCCCUUGGUAGUUAUUUGGUGAAGGUUGUAGUGUGUUGCCUUGCAGAAAUAGACCAGAUGAUAGCCUGUAUCUGGUCCAUUCACUCUCAUGAAAACCAUCAGGUACUGUGUUUCUUCGGGUGAAUUGGUGAACAAACAGGGUGGGGCGGAUUUCCCACAGAAUCCCAUAUUUUUCUUUUGUUAUUCUUUCUUGAAUCUAAACCUCAUUAACUCCGCUAACUACUCAUAAGUUAUUUUUUUUAUUAGCACUGUUGAUUAUUUUAUACUAUGCGGUCAUUCCAUAAUGGAUUUUGAUAUGAAAUAAUGGAAAAAAUGCGAAAGAAGUGAAGUUUUAUCCAGCUAUGUUUUAACAUUAUUUUGCACAUUUACAUAUAACUAAUAACUAUAGCAAGACUAUAGAGCAGACCAGACAUAUUCAAGCCAAGAUCAAUUGAAUCUUAGCACCGGCAGUAAAUACGAGGUCUUUUAACGUAAGUAUUGAUAAGAAAGUGACAUGGUUGAUGGGUUACCACCCAGCUAACACAGAACGUUUCACAACCUAAAAAAAAAAGUUCCCGUAAUAUUCUGGGAACCAAAAUGUGUUAGCUGGGCAGUGUGCAUGAUGAUUGAUGUGUUGAUGAGUAUCUCUGAGACUGCUAAUGUUUACUAACUAUAGACCACCGUCUGGGAUCAAAGGGAUAGAAAUGCUCUGAUGCUUUUUCUGAUAUUAUUUAUGAAAAUAUUUGCUCUGCUCGUCACAAUAGGUCAACUGCGGCCACACGUUUUAGGUCCCUCAAAAUUAUGAAGUGACAUUAAAAUGGGGGCUCUGUCUCUACAUUUGGUUGCUUUGUACUGUACGUAUGUAAAGAAUGGAAUAUUCAGAGGGCUAUGAGAUGGCUCUGGCCAACCAACCAGUAGUUCCUUUUGCCCUCGGCACACUGCAAAGAUAAGUUGAAGUUUGAGUGUGUAGAGACAGUGACAAUUGUGGACAAGCCUCUGUGUUUGGGGCUUCAUAAAGUUAUUUGCUAAAAUUAAGACAUCAUUUUUCAGUUUGGAAAUUCAUCGACAACAUUUUCUCAGAACAGAUGAAAAUCGCUGAAAGACAUUCUGCCCUCAGGUCAACCAACCUAUAGCAGGGCAGAUAGAAAAACCUUUUGCUCGUUGUUGGAUUGUUACUUUAAGAGCUGCAGAAAUGGUUCUCCAUGUAUCUUUACUGAAAAAUGAUUAGUUGUAGGAGGACAAGCUUUCCUCAACCUCCAAGAUGACAGAGCAGCCUCUAUGCACUGAUCAAAAGCUAAGUUUACCUCCCAUUAACUUCACUGUAUUGAAUAAUGACAUGUAUGAGCUAAUAUUAACAUAUUGAUAUGAUUACCUGUCAAAGCAAAGAUUUCCACUUGGCAACUAAUCUAUAUGAUAGAUAUUAUUAUGGAUUGUUUCAUCUGUAUUUAUCGUUUUGCAAUGUAUAUAUUAGUUUGCAGCUCUUUGCACAGAAUAAUAAAAGGUAUAACUAACUGAUCAAAUAAAGUCUGCUCAAUUUCAGUUGUUUCACUACAAAUGAACCAAAUGAUGGCGUGCAGCAUUUGCAAGCUGAGGCAGUUUGAAGAGAAAGUUGAAUGUACUAUCAGGAUGUUGCUGUGUAUUAUUUCCAUUUAUCAAAAAGGAACUAAAAUUGUAGGGCCCAGUUGUAGGGAGAUGGGUCACUUUAGUGCUUCCUUUUAGAAAGUAGUCUGAAAUAAGUUUGCUUUUGAACUUAAACCAUAUUAGUGAUAGCUAGCCAUCUAGAAUGUUGCAGUUGCGCUUUUUGUUAUUUCUUGUUUGUUUUUCUAAUAUCAGGGAGUAUAUUAAGAAGUAGCUAUUGUUGUUAGGCAUCCAAAAUUACAGUAUACCAUUGUUUCUCAAGAUGUCUUCACCUCAACGCUUUCCCAUGCUGCCUUUAAAACAAAACUAGCCAUGAUAUUUUGCAUCUUCCCCACUGACCCCAGUCAGAAGACUUAUUUGUUUUUAACUGACAUUCCUUCUGAUUUGUUCAAAAAAUCACAAAAAAGACAAACCACGACAUUAUCACUGUACAUUAUUUGUCAGAUUGGCUUCAUUUUCAUACUUAUUUUGUAAAUAUCUGUGUUGUAUGGGGCUUGAAUUAAAAUGUAAAUAUGUUUCCUGUAUUUGUAAUAAUCAUAAUCCAUUCGCUGUAUAGCCUAGAUGUGUCAUGCAGAUGUCCUAAUUCUGUGUAUGGUAAUCUUGCACCAUUGAGCUGUUUAGUGAAUGAGGUAACAAUAAAAGUACAACCCGUGCAUAAGCAGAAUAAA